AUGUUGCCGCUGAGGCUCCCGCCACCGUCAAAGCUCCCGUUGCUGUUGAGGCUUCCAUCACCGCCGCUGCUGAGGCUCCCUCAGCCCAGGCAGACCUCGCCAUCCGGCUUCACCUCGAUACCCUGGGAGGCCUGUGAGGCGAGUCUAGCCAACCGAUGCACGUUCCGGUCGGUGGCGCCGUUGUUCGAUUUAACUGAGCAGCUGGCUCAGUAUGAACAACUGGUAGUGCAGCUGCAAAACGACAUUCAGGACAAAGAGACCCAGCUACACGUGAGAGAUGAACAGCUUAAGGUGCUGGAAGACUUGAAGGAGAAACUCCGUGAAAAGGACGAGGCACUGCUGGAAACAACACAACAUGUGGACGUACUGCAGAGAAAGCUCGAUGAGAAGAAUCGGGAGAUAGCGGAGUUGGUUGAAGAUUUGAGGAAGCUUGAGGACGAGAAUGAAAAUCUCGACAACAAGCUUCUGGCUGAAGACUACGCCACCCAUAUCAAGGUCCGAGAUUUGAAAGAAAGUCACAAGGCUGAUUUAACAAAUCUCAAAGAACAGGCAACUGGUUCUUUAAAUAAGUUCACCGAAUGGAAGAUUAACGAACUGGAAGAACAAGUGAGGCUUCUGAACCAAGAGGCGGAAAGAUUGGAGGACAGGUCCUUGUCAAUUGAAGCUUCGUUCCAGUCUAAAAUCCAGCAGAUCCAAGAGGAGCUGGACAAUGUACAGCUUGUUUCUGCUCAGAAGCUGCUGCUGGAGCACAAAGAUGUGGCGAUUGACUAUGAAGGGGAGGACGACCAGUUACACCUAAAUGUGAACUGGCCACAAUGCGUCGAGGCACAAAAUGAUUUAAUCUCAGAACUGCCGGAACUGGAGGAGGAAGUGGGGGAUCUUCAGAGACAGGACAGGUUCAAGGAUGGACAAAGCAGACCGCAGCUGGCCAAAACCUUAUGCUUUGCCAAGGUUGAAUAA